GACUCUUAAUUAAACUAUUUAAGUAGAGAAUUUUGAGGAUUGAGAGACAAGGAAGAGAAAUUUCUCAACAGAGGCUUCGACAAUGGCACUGCUUCCCCCUUCAAAAAAAUUAAAAACAGCCGAGGAUCAAGAUCAAUACACUAUGGAAACAAGAGACAUUUCGCCAGCACACUUGCUAACCAAAAUCGAGUCUUUUUCAAGGCUAUGGAAUCAUGAGACUAAGACAUUAGAAUCUUCGGAAUUUGAGUCAGGAGACUACAAAUGGAAAGUGACAAUCAAUCUUGAUGACAAUGGCCACAUUUCUGUAUACUUGUCUUUGGUUGGAACAGCCUCUCUACCUGCAGGCUGGGAGGUUAAUGUCAUCUUCAACUUCUUUCUCUUCAACCACAUCUCAGAUAACUAUCUUUGUUUUCGAGGAAAAGCACGGCGCAUUCGUGCUAUAAAUCCUGAAUGCGGAUUUUACAAGUUGAUCACUAAGGAAAGUUUGAAAGAGGCCUCUCAUGGAUACCUUUUCAAGGACAAGUGUGUGUUUGGUGCCGAAGUUUUUGUGAUAAAAAACCAGCCGCCACUCGUUCAGAAUGUGCGUGCGCAUCAUGUGUCAAUUAAUCCAUAUAAGCAGGAAUGGAAGAUUUCAAACUUCUCCAAACUGGAAGGAAUGUGGAAGUCUGAAGAGUUCUGUACUGGAGGAUACAAAUGGUACCUUUUUUAGAAGUGAAAAUUUAAAAUGUCAUAUUCCUUAAGUUAUA